UCAGUUCAUUCGUUCUUAUGUUCUCAUCAUUCAUUUUUCUUUCAUGUCUAAAUGCUAACCUAUUCGUGUUUUGUAUAGAAUUCAUUGAAAUAAAUAUUUUUUGCAACCUGAGAAUACGUUUUUCUAAUAAAGGUGUAAGCAAUGGCGGACACAGUGAAUAUGUCUUUAGAUGAAAUUAUAAAACAGAAUAGAACAAGUAGAUCACGAGGAAGAGGUGGCGGUGGCGGCGGGAAUGUUCGUGGUCGUGGCGGUGGUAGAGGCAGAGGCGGCAGAGGUCGUGGGCGAGGAGCGGUUGCGCGAGCUAGGUCACAAACUAGAUCGAAUACGCCAGCCGGAGCUAGACGUGGACGUUCCCGUUCUCGCGGUCCCGGUGGCGUUAGGUCGCAAUCACGAUCCCGUUCUCAAUCACGCAACCGCUCUCGCUCCCGACAGCGUCGUUCAAACUCCCGCGCCAGGUCUGCAUCAAGAUCUCGCUCUCAACUGAGAGGUCUGACUCCUAAGGGUCGAGCGGGAUUAGAAGAACAGUCAGUCAUGCCUCAACUUGUAAGGGGCAAUCGCAUGAACAGAGGAGGCAUACGAGGAAGACUAUCACGUGCAAAUUCGAACCCCAAUCUUCAAAGCAAUGUUCAUAGCAGACUUGGUGUUACAACACGGCGAGGAAUGAAUAAUAUUCGGCGACCCCUUGCUGUAGCCAAGAGGGGAAUAUCAAAACGUGGAAGAGGUUUGAGUACUGCUAACAGAUAUAGUGCAGUGGGCUUGAGAUCAGAUCAAAUUUUAAAAGAGAGACAAAAUAUGCUACUUCGAAACAAUAUUAUAAAAUCUCAAACUUUCACACGUUCCCGGAAUAAUUCAUUCAGUUCACCUUCCCAACUGACUGUAAGUGUUGCUAAUGAUUUUGCCAAAAAGCGUCGUAACAGUGUUGGCAAUGCAGGCUAUUUAAAUAAACAGAGUUUAGCACAGUUAAAUAAUCAGUUCGGUGGCUACAACACAAGGAGAGGUCCUGGCAGUGUUAAAUCUAUGGGUUCCAAUAGAUCAAACAGGUCUAACAGGUCCAAUCGUUCUAACAGAUCAAACACUAGUAGAGGUUCUAACCGCUCACGAGGCAGAGGCCGUGGUGGGAACCGUGGUGUUGGAAGAAAGUUUGUGAAUAAACAAGUCCUAAAUGCUAAACUACAAAAAGAGAUAGCUGUUAUCCAAGGUAAAACAUAUGGUAGCGCUGCAAAUAGUGAGGCUCCAACUGGUAUCAAUUUCUCUCCAACACCAGCUGCCACAGGACAGUCACUACAUCAGAGAUUUGCUAGUUCAUAAAAUAGUUAAUAUAAAUUGUGAUUUUUAUCAUUAAGCUAAGUUGAAUUAAAAAAACUAAAUACUUUCUAACUUAAGCUGACAAGAAACUCGAUACCUCUAGAAAAUGGUUUUGUUAAAAAGUCCUGGGUAAACAGUUUAUCUUAAAAAUACUUUCAUUUACUGCAUUGAGUAUAGCUGAAAUGUCAGCAGGCUUAUUUUGCUACAUUGCCAUAAUUAUGGAUAUACUGAAAAAAAAAGGUGUUUUUCAUUGUAUGUUUAUAUUUUAAGAAAUAACAAAGGAGAAUGAGCACAGCUAAGAAAAUAUUUGUGUUAUUCAGAUUGCAAGUAUGUCUACCUCUCGAUAAAAUUAGGUGUAAUAUAAAAAUGAGAAUUUCCAUGCCAAAUUCCAUUUCUAUUUUUAUCAAAAUGUUUCCUAGAACCUGAGUCAUUGAAAGUAAAUUAUUAUCUAAGAGAUAGUCAUAAUGUUAAAAGAUCUUACAUAAAGAUCUCACAUAAAUUGUGUCCAAGGUGAUUUUAUUUGCAAUAUACCUUUUAUCUCUCUCAUAUAUUUAUCAAAAUUCCAGUUUUACCAAAAAAUAUUGAAUAUGAUAACUAAGACUGGGCAUUCAGGGAUAAUACAUUGUAGUAUAUAAUGUGCAUAUAAUUGCAGUUAGUGAGAGCAUUUUAUAGCAAUUGACAUUGCCUUCUCAUUCACACUACCUUCUUGGUUUGUCACCUGGGAACUUUACCUAUGUAGCAGUAGGUAUUUGUGCAGUUCUUGUUUUAUUGUAGCUUUUAAAAUUUAAUAUUAUUGUCAACUAAAUGCAAUAAACAGCUGCCUAUAAAAUAAGUAGAAAUAAAGUUUAUUGAAUAUGACAGGUUGCAAGUAUUAUAAGAUCUUUGUCUAUUUUCUAAUUUACUAGUUGUAAGAAUGUUUAUGUCAUUUAAGUACAUUUUCAGAUUAUUUUAUGACAUGUCAAAGUUAGUUUUAGUUUCCAAUUUUGUUUGACUAAUUUUUUUUUAUUUUUGUGGUUGCUAAAGCUGAUUCUACGUAUACUGCGGUAUUUUUGUUAUACAGAGAAGUAAGAAAAUAAAAUAUUUGAUUCAUAAA